UGGAAGCAAAGUGACAGACCAGGUGCAUCUCAAAAACUAUUUCUGAACCUGUUGAGCAGGUAGUCCAGCAUUUCUUACUGAGGCAAGACGGAUGUGUGCUGCAUAGCCCUUUACAUUACAGUAUGAGUCUCGAUACACGCAGUGAUUACAGUGGCUUUCCCUCAGACACUGAGGAUGACUUCCCUCUUCAGGCACCUACGUUCCAUCAUAAGGUCAGUCUUUCCUCAGUUGGCCACCAGCAGUAUAAGCUGGGGGGGUCAGGGCAUGAGGAAUGUGCACGGCAGCUCGCUGAGGCCAAGAUGAUUUCCACGAACUUGGAGAAGACUGUGCACUGGUGGGCAGACUGUACCACAAAGUGGAGGGAAAAGUGGAGAAAGGUAAACAUGGAAAAGACUAAGGCACGGAAGGAGGCUCGGCAGCUGAAACAGCGACUAGAGCUGCUAACUAAAGAGCUGGUUGAAUUGAAGAUGGAAAAGGAAGAGCAGCUGGAACGUAAGACCAGUCCAAACAAAAAGCCAUUGGAUAGUCCAGAAAAUGUUGAAGCUGUCAGAGAGGCAGAAGUGGAGAAAGAUUGUCAUCUUGUGCCCAGUGUACAGCAGCCUUCACAAAAGCAGGUUCUGAACUCAGGAAGUACCAUCAAGCAAAAUCUUCAUGGGGAGAUGGCAAUGCAGACAGCCUGUCGAGAACGACUAGACAGUCAACAGCAAGAAACUGAAACAGAAGAAAGGAAAAAUACAUUUGUAGAGAAGUUCCCUAGACAGGAUGCAAACAAAGAGCAACAAACUUUUGCAGAUCAGACAAAACAAAGCUCACCUUUGCAGGCAGCUAUGGCACAGAGUUUUGGCAGACAAGAACCAGUUGAAGAUCGCUACUUGAUUCGGCAUCUCAGGCAGCAGUUAGAAGAGGCCCAGAGGCUCCUUCUGCAGGAAAGACAGGAGAGAGUGAAUCUGAAUCGUCAUCUAUCUAAUCUCAAUGCUGAAAUUCGACAGUGGGCACAGUGUUAUGAGGCACUUAAAAACUUACAGUCUGUAAACUCAAGACAGGAGGUGACAACGGAUGUCAGGAAGAAAGAGCUAAGUGAGUCUACAAGAGUGAAACAGCAUCACCAGAGAAAGAGAGUGCCCAAUAGUGGAGGGUUGCGGAAAUAACAACAAAGAGCUCUGGUUUAUGACUCCAGGGUGCCGUGGACAGAAUGAAAUAAUAAACACCAAGUAAGGAACUGCCAUAUCGUAAUUCCACAAACGGCUCUUAACCCAUGUGUUUCAGUAACUAAGCAGGCAUCUGAAACAGAACCUCAAAGAAAUAAAGAUGAUAUACAAGCAACACAAAAAUGUCAAAAAUUGUCCAUAUCGAGUACAACAUCUGACAGCUAAUAGCUUGAUAAAGAAAAGGCAGUGCAUAAAGAAAUGCUGAGGGAGUACUCUUUAGGGGAUGCAGGCCUACUUUAUUUUAUGGAGACUUGUGAAAAAGACACAACAAGGCUGCAUGCUCUGGUACUAGUGUGGAGAGAUCUCUGUCUGAAAUAUCACUGACAAAACCUCAAACCAGUCAAGAUACACUAGGGAUCUGCCUUUCUAAAGUGGUUCUUUUCAUUGAAAGAAGGAUCUGGAGUGUUGCUUUGUGUUCUCUAUUUAACCAUAAUCAAUUGACACAUCUGGUACAGCAUACCUGAAAAUGUGGCAAUCGAGGAAACUAACAUAUCUUCUGGUGGGUUUAUCAUGUACAGAAAGGUGAAUUGUAAUAUUAUAGACCCUAUUUACUCAACAAUCUCUGUAGAAACUGCAUACCACAAAAGAAGCAACCUCCCACAAAUAUUGUUCAGAUUUAGUGAUUUUCCCAUUAGUUUGUAAAAUGAGCUGUGAUGGGUGUUGGGAACUGCCAUUGUAAGCAAGAAAUAUAAGAGCAGAAAGUCCAGUAAAAAAGUGUCACUGUGUAGGAAGCUUGCCCCAGAGGGAAAAAAAACUGAAAUCUAAAUAUAAUUCCAUUCCUUUCCUCCCUGUAUGUCAGUGACCAACAAGGAAUGACAGAGUCAUCACAGGGAGAUGGAUGCUAUGCAGCAUAAUAUUUUAAGACUUUAUUUGUCAGUGAGUCCAACACAGUCAGAAUAAAAAAAGGUCAGUACAGGGGAUCCACAGAUGUAAAAAGUAUGAAAAUCUGACACAGAGAAGUCUGGUUUUACUGGGCAAUAUAUAAUACAACCAAAAUGCCAGAAAAAUGCAUAUCCUUCCAAAAUAAAAUCUCUUCCAAAUGGAUUCACCCUGCAUAGCAGCAAAUAUUAAAACACACAGACUUCAGUGAUACUACGAAAGUACAUAUCUGUCUCCAGCUGUAAAGUCUAGCACGAUCUUAAACAAGUGACUUUAUCAAAAAGACGAUAUAAUACUGCAAACGAAGGAGAAACUGCAAGGAAGUGAUUCCAGAACAAUCUUUGCUUUCUGAACUCAAGUGCUAAAAACAGAAAAUAAAUCUUAAGGGAAAAUGUGCUCCAGUAUGACACACUAUAUCAAUACACAACACAUCUCCAGUGGAUAUUUGGCUCUAUGUAUAUUAUUAAAUAUGCUGCACUUGGUUGUAACAAAAAGCAUGCAUAUUUAGAAUUUAAAAACAAACAUGUCCAUUUCAUUAUUUAAGAGGAAUUCUAUAGUUGUAAGUUAAGCAGUAAUCAACCGUCUCUUAUCCUACCUUAUAACUGUCAUAGACACAUCACAAAUCACACCAUGCUUCUGUCAUCUACACCCCCAUGUAACAGCCUGCUUACCGCAGCUACAUCCCUUUCUUUGUAAAAUAUAUUCUCAUGUUACCUCUGACCUACACUUCUCUGUCUUCAGACUGUGACCUUUACGUUCCUCUCAAUAAGAGAGGAAGGGAGUAAUUAGAUGUCAUAUCACCUAGUAUAGACCAGUUUUCCAAUUUGGUUCUGCCUGAAAGACCAAAUGGUAAUUUGUUCAAGAUUUUGUAACAGCUUGAGGUUUGAUUGUCUUUGAGUUAAUUAUAUUAGGAAUGCCCUUACAUGGAAUUGUAGGGACUUUGUUCUUUAUGUUAAAAAAGAAAUCAAGUUGCCCAUUCUGUAUAAGGCCCAGUAAAAUGGGUUUGCAAAAAUUAGACUUCCAUAAAGUGCUCUAUAUCGAAAUGGCCUGUGGUAAUAAUCCUCAUAGAAUCCAUUGUUCAAAAAACUGAAAAGGAUGGUUUCACUGGGUGUAGGACAACAGGAUAUUGGAAGUAGAUUCAGAGAUAACACAGUCAAACUCCCAGUUUAAAGUGCACCCUUUAGUUGUGAACAUAUUAUAGGAAGAAAGUGGUCAGAUUUAGCCUCCAGAGGAAGGUUGUAGAUAACAAAUACAUCAAGGAAAACAGAAGGGUCAGCAAGUAAGUAGAGGUUAAGAUGUGUAAAGGGAAAGCAACAAAAAAAAUCCAAACUAAGACCUCUGAGCAUGUUACAUGUUAACACUAUAGAGAAGAGACAAUGUGACUAUGUUCUAGACAUAUUGUUUGAGAAGGAUAAAUGUAAAGGUACAGCUAAAGAGGAAAAGGAGAAGUGAGCAUAAGAUGCCAGAUAAAAGGAGUUACAAUUAACAGUGAUUUAAGAAAAGGUUAUUUUAUUGAGAUGUUAGUGAUGGCUGAGCCCUGGGACAAACUGUUAGAGAGGAAAUGCCACAGGAAUUCUACUUAGGCCAGAUGGAGGGAUGGGUGGGAGAAAGGAGCAGGCAGAGAUUGACUCUUAAGAGCUGGUUACAUCAUUUAGAAUAUGAGGAUGCUGUCUUUUUUUCUGUUGGUUACUGCAUGUGUUAUUAUACUGAAAUUGGCUGGACAUUCAGAGAAGCUCAUCUCCUUGCGUUUCUUGCUGGUACAUGUUCAUUUUUGUCUCCCUUCAUAUGGCUUCUGGGGCAGAGAUUACAUCAUUUAAUUUACCUUCUCUGUAGUAGCUCUACCUCUUUCAUGUUUCCAGAGAGAGACUAGGCCUUAAGAGUUGCAAGUUGCAUUCUUUGUGGGCAUUCAUUAGUUUUCUACAGAGAAGUACAAUAACAUCAUGGUUUCUAACAAUUAUGGUUUCCCUAAGGCAUCGCUAUAUCCAGAGGCCUGUGUUGUAGGUGGGCAUUCAUUAGUUUUCUACAGAGAAGUACAAUAACAUCAUGGUUUUUAACAAUUAUGGUUUCCCUAAGGCAUCGGUAUAUCCAGAGGCCUAUGCUGUAGGUGGGCAUUCAUUAGUUUUCUACAGAGAAGUACAAUAACAUCAUGGUUUCUAACAAUUAUGGUUUCCCUAAGGCAUCGCUAUAUUCAGAGGCCUGUGCUGUAGGAUUUUCAUACUGCUUUUCUAGUUUUCACCUGAUCAAACUACCACAGAUCCAUUUUCCGAUUUUGGAGAUGUUAAUAUCUCAUAUUUCACUGCAUGCUCUACAGUAUUUUUUUCCUUAAAGUACAUUAUUUUGUGCUUAUUCAUGUUAAAUUAUACAUGCCAUAUUUCUGUGAUUUCCUUCAGUCUUGCCGGGUACAAUGUGCUAUGUCAUUCUUUCUGUAGCACUUUUUUAGACUGUACUAACAAUCUUUCUUUUAAUUACCAGCCUACUGUAAGACAUUUAAUACUUACAAAAAAUAAACUUUAUCUGCAGCUCUUUUGUGGGAAGAUCUA